GGUUAGUAGCGUUUUGCUUUAGGGAAUCACAGGAUGCGGAUUCAGUUAAGAUGUGCUAAUUUUCGCUAAAUGCGACAAAUUGCAAACUCGGGCAAUCGUGAUUAACAUAAACUACUAGUUUUUCAAAGAAAAAUUUACAAGCGAAAUACAUUCGUAGGUGCCCAGAAAUACUCGUCGCCAUUACCGCAACGGAUACGCGACCUAUGAACCCUGCAGCCGCUUCAUUCCCCGAUCUAAUAGGUAAACAAAAAACACUCUAUAUAAAAGCACUUGCAAUUUGUCAUCUAAUCCUCUCUUCACGCUUUACUAUUUGACAAGUAAUUUAAUCGCAGUGAACCCGGCAUGAUGCGGACCGCAUUGGCGUGCUUUCAUUUCUAACCAUAUGGCUAUUAGAUAAUAUAUUAGCUGACGAAAAAAAAUUGAUGCGCCUCAGAGAAGGAAAUGAUUUUCUAAGCAUUUCUUUCAAUUCCAUUCACCAACCUGCACUUUGUGCCACUCUUCUUUCAGCAUUCUGGACAAUUUAAAUCAUUAAUACUGCUAAGAAUGCUACAUCUAAACUCAUAUAGAUACUAAAGAUAUAGAGGCCCUGCCUAUGACUGACUUGCGAAGCAACCAUUAAAAAAAAUUAAUCAAAGACGCAUGCGCGAGAUUUAAAAUCUUGCUCUUAACCAAUAACCAUGCAGCAUUCAACGACAAAUAUUGACAGAUCAUCAAUAAGCUUGGAUGCAUUUUUAAGGCAGUUUUUUUUGCAAAAUAUCUCUUUAAAUGUAUAUUGUAUUAAUGUGGAAAUCGCUGUUUAGGAACGAAAUGGUACAAAGUGCAGAUUCGUGGGUGAAAUAUAAAGACAUGCCCGGAAAAUCAUUUCCUCCCUACGGAAAUAUUUUUACUGUAAUAAGGUCGCUAUAUUAUCUAAUACCUAUAUGCAUACUGAAUUAUUGGUUGAAAGCAACAAAUAAUAAACAUUUGUAUCUCUCGGAAUUGAAAGUAUGUUUGGACGCAUUCAACACGCCGAUUAUUGAACCUUUGGUUUCGGGCUGCUGUCGUAAGAAAAAAUAUUUUCGAUUUUGUUUGAAUCAUUUUCAAGAAGAUACAUUUUAUUACAUUUGGAAAGGGCGAUCCCUGAUUUUCAAAUACCUAGAAACGAACGCCCUUGUCCAUGAAACGCCCCCGGUGUGGGAGAACGUUUAAGAGAAACAUAUGUAUCAACUAAACACCCCAGACAAAAGCGUCGCUCCAUCGGAUGGGGGCAGAAAAAGCGUGAGUAUAUUAAAAGGCCAUUAUUGAUUCAAUGGGCUGCUAAUUUAGUAUUGGCAAUCCACUGAGUGUUAUGCCGUUAUUGAGACGUUUGAACAAUUAUUGUGGUUGUCUCUGUUGAAUUGACAACCAUUGAACACUUGCUCUCGCUUAUUGCUUUGAUAUGAAGCCUUCCUUAAUUGAAAACAAGUUAUUAUUCCAUUUGGCACACUAAUAGACCAAAGUUUAAAAAGUUUCACACAAUUAAUGUUACUGGAAAAUUUUCAUACCGUGCGGCAGCGGAAAAAAUUUACCCAAAAAGAGAAUCACCCAAAUAAUUGAUAUUUUAAAUGAAUAUUUCAGUAUAUAUUUUCAAAUACUUAACUUAUUCUUUAAAGUCUUUAAAAAAUGUGAUAAAUAGUUUCAAUUUUUCAUUCUAAAAUGCAGAAGUACUAAUUUUUUUAACGUACUUACCAAAACUAACAAAUUCAUUACUAUGGCGAGCGACUUCAUUUCUUGAAUCAACUAGACCUGAUUUUUUAAUUGGAAUAAGAACAAACACAAACAAACAAAAAAGCAAAAGUGGUCCAGAGAAAGGUAAUUAUUUUUACGAAUAUUACGUUUGUCACUUUAUGACUUGUUAACAUUGUAUAAUCCCGAAGGAAGUCUUCUUUCUGAAAAUCGUUAUUAAUUUUCAUUAAUUUUCUAUUGCAAAAUGUAAUUAAUGAACUUUAAAUGAUUGUCUUAGUUUUUCCUUUCGGUAGGGAAUUUAAAAUGUCGUCUGAUUGAUAAGGGUACAAUGUAGCUAAUGAACUUUAGAAGAUUAUUUUAGUUUUUACUUUUGGUAGGGGAAACCUUGUAUCAAAAAUCUUUUUUUUUAAAUUAUUAAAGUAAAAUUUGACUAGGAAAACAAUCUAGAGCAUUUUCAAUUUGCAGUUUUUAUUAAUGGAUUGCCUAAUUUUAAAGUAUAUUAAUUAUUACGUUGGAGGACCACUGAUUAAAUUAAAAAAAUGCAAUACAUUCAUUCAGUUCUUUAUAUUAAACGAAAUACAAUUUUCCUGGGUACUCGGUAAUACAAAACUAUUUUAUUCAGUAAAAUCUAAGUACGAUAAAUAUUUAAUUACGAACGAAGACCAAGUCAAGCGAUGAAGAAAGAUUACAUUAUGGUUUAAAUUUUAGGUUGUAUUUUGAUAAACCAUAGUGUUUGUCCAUCGUCUUUGUUUAUACACAUACUAUAUAUCUCUGAAGAUAGCCUAUUGUAAGCGAAACGUGAGUAAUGUUUACGGAUUAAAAACGUUUUAUAUGAGCGAAUACUUCGCAAAAUUUUAUUUCUUUUUUUUAAAGAAAAAGUUCUUCAUAUUUAACUAUAAAAUGAGUAUUGUGAAUAGGGCGCCUAAAAUAUUGGGACACAACAUACUUGAAGAAUAUGUGGAUACUAUUAUUAAUUUGUAUAUUUAUUAGAAUUAGCCAAAUUGACUCUAUAGUUCUAUAUUUUUUGUGAAAACAAAUACUAAAUUAUUUUCGGUAAAAAAUAACUAAUAUUAUAUGUCAAAUUUCUUGCAAUUUGUUUGUAGCCACGUUGCAGAAUUGCGUUCUUUAUACAAUGAGACACUGAGGUUUUUAGAUAGAGCUAAGUUUUUUGGAAAAAAUUUCGGUAAUAAUCCUCGCCGAUAUGCGACGUUGAAAUCGAUACACACCCUCUUUGCGAGGCGGAGCUUCCAACUACCCCAGUCGAAACUCCGGCAAAUCCGGAGGCGCUUCUCGAUAUCAACGUUCCGGGGUCACACACACUCACACAGACUGGCAAUUCCACGGAGUAUGGAUUCCUGAGUCUCAUCUUUUAGUCGAUCCAAAACAUCGACACGUGUGAGACCACGUGCCAUAAGCGUGUCCAUAAUCAGGCGACUAAGUUCGAAACGUCGCCGCCCUUUUGUUACGGUCACAUCCUGCUAAUCCAGCAAGUCUAAAGGGAAAUAGUGACACGUGUUUCGAAUUUGAAACAAUUUCGUCCCACCGAAGAAUAAUGUUUAAUAUGGACCAUUUGGAUCUCGAUAUCGUCAAUCGGCAGUAUUUUUUCGAUGCUAGUCAUUACAUAUCCGCAAACGGGAAUAGCAACGGCAGUUCUACGGGAUCUUCAAACAGCGGCGAUUUGUUUUUGUACGAUGAAAAUAGCAGUGAUUCGGCGCUAUCGAAUUAUUCGUUUAACAGCGAUCAAGAAAACCAUUCCGAACAGAGAGAUCGUAAUUAUCGGCUUCGAAGAAGAAACAAAUGUCCCCAACAACAAAUUCAGCAAAGACAAGCUGCGAAUCUUCGCGAAAGGAAACGCAUGCAGUCCAUUAACGACGCAUUCGAAGGUCUUAGGGCACAUAUACCCACUUUGCCGUACGAAAAGCGAUUGUCCAAAGUGGACACGUUAAAAUUGGCAAUAGGAUACAUCAAUUUUUUGAGCGAGUUGGUGAGAAGCGAUCGGAAUUCCAACACAGAGUAUUUUAAUGGGCAUAAGAGAAGUUUGCAAAAGGACGAACCAAAAAAGAUUAUCGUUAGAGGUGUUGGUGGCUUGUAUACCGCCCAUUCGCUCUCCUGGUCUAGGGUAAAAGACACGAACGCCAAUGGUAGGAUGCACGCCAAAGUCUGGGUUCCUGAAGACCCCCGAACUAAUAAAGACGGAUCCAGUUCUUCGUUUGCUUCCGAUUGAAGUCAGCUUUUUGUUGCUUCAUUUGGUAGUACCUUUCUAGUCACAUUUGUUUUAGUAUUUUUUAUUUUUUGUUUAUUAUUUUGUUAUUUUUUUUUUGUAAAUUGGUAAUCUUUUGUGUUUGUGUACAUAUGUAAAUAAAUUAAUCAUACCAACAAAGUUAGAGAGCAGCAAAUAAAUUAUUUCGAAUUAAUUUUACGCUUAGAAUGCUAGUCAGAUUAUUGUAAAUAUGUAAAUAGUUUGUUAUUAAACGUGAACUAAU